UUAGCUGUAAGGAGAUUAACAAAGGUUAACAGAGCUUCAAAACUCAGUUUCUUAGCAGCGAUAUGUGUUUCAGUUUGUCUCAGAAGUGAGGAGGGGCGGAGGAAGGACUCUGCUGGUCGAUCUGUCUUCAGUGAUCACAUGCUGUCAGUUGAAGAGAAUCUAAAAUACCUUGCUAAGCUCCUUAUGACGCUCAGAGAGCAGCUCCUUCUUUGAACAUUUAACCCUAAAACCAGAACCCAGAACACUGAACCCUCAAUUCAAGACCAUGAACUCUGAAAACCAGAAUACAGAACAUUGAUCUCUGAUCCCACUAGACAAUGAAUCCUACGAACUAUGAACCCUAAAAUCUGAACCCUGAUCACUGAACCCAGAACACCACACUGGACUACGACUUGAGUCUACGCUUGGCACCAUUUUGUUUGUCAGAACCAGGAGCAAGCCCAUCAGGUUUGUACAGACCAAAACCAAAAAAAACAACUCAAACUCAGCACGCUGUGGGAUGUUCUCCUCAUCGCUUUAGAACCUUUCAUUCUUUUAGAAACCAAAGGUUUUAGACAGACUUUUUGGGGAAUAUAUUUGAAGUGACUCAUUUAAGAUAUUUAGGAGACAAGAGUCUUUCUGAUUUGAUUGUUCUUCAGUGUGGUUGUUACACCUUCAGUCAAGAUGGUUAAUGACUAAUUAAUGAACCAAAGGUUUCUAACAUGAUCACUAACAGAGCCAGCUGGAAGUUUAGCCACAGAGACAAUGUUGACAAUCGACAUGCUCAGAAUGCAGUACCUAGUGGUCGUAAGCAGUACAGCACCUUGAGGAGGUCCGGUUGUCCAGCAUGUUUUUGCCAACGUGAGACGUAAGAACCGGAGAGACAUGGCGGUCGGGAAACUGAGCUUCACCAAGCCGGAAAGAGAGAAGCUCGCCGAGGUGCUCUGGCUGCUCAACUGGAUCUCGGUGCUGACAGGAGCCCUUCUGUUUGGCCUGGGCCUUUUCCUCAAAGUGGAGAUCCAGAAAUGGCAGGAAUUGAUGUCAGAGGGGAUCCUCCAUGUGCCACAUAUGCUGAUCACCACCGGCCUGGCGGCCUGCUGCAUCAACUUCCUGGGCGGGAAGAUCUGCCUGGACUGCACCGACACCAACAAGUUUCUUCGCUGGAAGUUGGUGAUGAUGCCGUACAUUGUCUGCACCUUCUUCUUCACCUCCUGCAUCCUGUGGGGGGCGCUCACGUGCUACAGCGUCCGCAGCCAGCUCGAGGAGUCACUGUCGGGGGGCCUGAGGAACGCUAUGCGCUACUACAAGGACACGGACACGCCGGGCCGCUGCUACCUGAAGAAGACCCUGGACCUGCUGCAGAUCCAGUUCCAGUGCUGCGGGAUCUCUGGGUACCGGGACUGGUUCCACGUCCAGUGGAUCAGCAACCGCUACCUGGACAUGACCAGCAGCAGCGUGGUGGACCGCCUGAGGAGUAACGUGGAGGGGAAGUACCUGAUGGAUGGCGUUCCCUUCAGCUGCUGCAGUACCUUGUCCCCUCGGCCCUGCAUCCAGCAGCAGGUCAGCGACAGGUCGAUACACUUCAACUACGACCAGCGGAGCCAGCAGUUCAACUUGUGGAGGAGGGGCUGCCGACAGGCCCUGUUGGACCACUACACAGGCCUCAUGCAGUCCAUUGGCCUCACCGUGCUCCUCAUCUGGCUCUUUGAGCUGCUGGUUCUGACCGGAGUCCGUUACCUGCAGACAACCAUGGAGAAUGUUCUCCACCUGGGCGAUCCUGAUUCAGAGGUUGACGGUUGGAUACUGGAAAACAGCCUGGCGGAAACCGCCCGUUCUAACUUUAACAUCAUCAAGAACAUGGGGAAGUGUUACCAGGUGGACAAUGACCCCAACAUCAACAUCCCAACUGCCACCGCCGAGCAGGAGGUGCUGUCCUGCCAGGUCGGAACCCCUGUUACCGGCAUCCAGUAAAGCCAUGGACCUCUAGGUGGUUCGGGACCAAACUGAACAGGUUCAGAACCUCUAACUCUGGUGAUGCUUCCUGAGAACCCGGGUCUCAAGUACGGGAAGCUCUGAGGAGGAUCUGUCCUCGGUUCCUCCCACGUUCACUAUUCAAUGCCUUCCAUUUGUGAAGUUUGUCAAACGUUCGGCAGGUUCGUGGCCUUCAGAUGGAAGUCAAACCUUUUUGUGUGACAAAAUAUCUCAAGGUUUUUAUGCUGUUAGCAGGCUCAUUAGUUUACAGCUUUUCUGCCAGCUGAAGGGUUUAUACAUGUCACGUUAGAAGCUCUGUAAAGCUGGGAUUUGAGCUAAACGCUAAAGGCUGAUGAAUGUCUUACUAAAACAUUUACCUGACGAGGAUCGAUGAAGUUCAUCCUGAGGGGAAUACAAAUUGUGUUGAGACCAAUGAAUGUAAACAAAAAUGUUCUACCUUUUAAUCCUUAGGUUUCCAGUUUUCAGAUGAUACACCUCUGUGAAAGGAUGGCUCGCCUAAAAUAAAAUAAAAAUGAGAAACAUGGAGAAAUUAACCCAAGUACCAAAAAAACGUCAGUUCCUCAAAUAUCCACUAGAUGGUUGUCAUAGAGCUACAUGGUGAAAGGAACACGGAGCAGGUCCCUGAAGCUAACGCACCUCUUCACAACAACGAAAGGGCUGAAUAUCUUAAUUGAGGGUUAAAGUUAGUCAUGGGGGCGUGGCCUCUUUGAGGUGGGUGUGGUCUGAACCUAGGGUCUCUUUGCUGUGUCAUCCUUUCUAGAGUUUGUCUGCACCCCAAAUAUCAUACUUCUGUUUUUUGAAUAUUAUGAUAAUAAAUGAGAAACAUAUCAGCACCCAGCAGCAGGUAUUCUUCUUAAAGGAACAUUCCAAUAUUUGGUUUAUCUCUAUAUAAAUGGUUAGCUUAGCUUAGCAUUAAGCCUGGAAGUAUGUAGAAACAGCUAGCCUGAAAUCUCUCUGUUCCAUAGGAAACUAAACUGUGUGAUUAUUUUAUGAUUUCAAUAAAACUUUUUUGUAUUCA